UGGCUGGUACUACCUGCUCGGGGAGGACCUGGGCAGGACCAAGCACCUGAAGGUGGCCACGCAGCGGCCGAAGCAGAGCAGAGAGCUGAUGCUGGGAAGUCAGGGUGCAGUGCAGGAAAACCACAGUUCAGUGACCAUGAAGCAGCUCAAGGGGCACUCCGGGCUCUCCCUUCAGAUCACCAUCCCUCGAGGAAGCGACGGCUUCGGCUUCACCAUCUGCUGCGACUCCCCGGUCCGGGUGCAGGCUGUGGACUCUGGUGGCCCAGCAGAAAAGGCAGGUCUGCAGCAGCUGGACACAGUGCUGCAGCUGAACGAGCAGCCUGUGGAGCACUGGAAGUGCGUGGAGCUGGCACACGAAAUUCGGAACUGUCCCACCGAGAUCAUUCUGCUGGUCUGGAGGCUGGUCCCGCAGGUGAAGGCAGGCCACGAGGGCAUGAUCCGCAGGUCCUCCUGCAAGUCUGCCUGCGACCUGCAGUGCCCCCCCAACAAGCGGGAGAAGAACGGCACCGUGCCGCGCCCCGAGCAGCGCCGCAGCUGCCACCUGCUGUACGACGGCACCGGCGGGCUGGUGCUCGACGGCUGGGAGAGGUACACCGAGGUGGGCAAGAGGAGCCAGAGCACCAUGCCGGCCCUCUCCAGGGUCCCCUCUGCUGCCGACCCCAACUACAUCAUCUUAACCCCCCUGAACCCGGGCAGCCAGCUGCUGAGGCCUGUCUAUCAGGAGGACAAUGCUCCUGUGGGAAAUGCCUGUAAAGGGAAAUCCCACAUGGGCUCUGGCAGAAAAUCCAGGCUGAUGAAGACUGUGCAGUCGAUGAAGAGCUAUGGGAACUACCAGAACUGCACCAUCGUGAGGCCACACAUCCCACACUCCAGCUAUGGCACCUAUGUGACACUGGCUCCCAAGGUGCUGGUGUUCCCAGUCUUUGUGCAGCCCCUGGACCUCUGCAACCCAGCCCGGACACUGCUGCUGUCGGAGGAGCUGCUUCUCCACGAGAGCAGGAGGAGAGCUACCCAGGUGACCCUUUUUGUCUACUCUGACCUGCUGCUCUUCACCAAAGAGGAUGAGCCUGGGCGCUGCAACGUGCUGAGGAACCCUCUCUACCUGCACAGUGUCAAGCUCCAGGAGGGCUCAGAAGAUCGCAAGUUCUGCAUCCUUUACCUGGCAGAGAAGUCGGAGUGCUUAUUAAGUUUGGAGGCUUACUCCCAGGAGCAGAAGAAGAGGAUCUGCUGGUGUCUGGCUGAGAACAUCACCAAGCAGCAACAUCCGGCAUCAGCUCCCAUGGAGAGCAAGACGCUGGAGACGGACGCUGAGAAGCCUGGGCAGAUGCACUCGGAGGACGGGAAGGCAGCAGCAGGUGAUGCUCCUCUGGCCACGGAGGGACCGGCUCUGGCUAAGCCCAGGGACGCUCCAGGAGCCACCCAGGGUCCUCUCCUGGCAGAAAAGCAUCCUGUGGCCACCAAGAAGGGAGAGGAGCAGCCCAGCGCUGUGCCAGCCUUCGUCAUCCCUGAGCUGCGGCUCGACAGCACUUUCAGCCGGAGCGCGUCGGGCUUGGCGGGCAGCACCACGGACGGAGAGGAGGAGGAGGAAGACGAGGAGGAGGAAGAAGAUGAGGAGGAGGAGGAAGACGAGGACAGCGACGAGCAGUACCUGGAGAGGAACGAGGCGAAGCGCAGCAGCAUGAUCGAGACGUCAGGCUGCCAGCCCGGCUACACCCUGAGCGUGCAGAGCUCCCUGCGGCGCCGCACCCACAGCGAGGGCAGCCUGCUGCAGGAGAGCAGGAGCCACUGCUUCACCUCCGACACCACCCUGCACUGCUCCGACGGCCACGGCAGCCAGGGCCGCUGGGCGCUGCCCUCCCCCAGGACCCUCAAGAAGGAGCUCACCAAGAAUGGUGGCUCGGUCCACCAGCUCAGCCUGCUGUUUUCAGGCCACAGGAAGCUGAGUGGAGCUGAUCCUGAGUGCAGCUGUGACGAAGGGGAUGAGACCUCCCGCAAGAAACGGAGCAGGAGCCUAGCCAAGGACAUGAAGAACCGGCUGGGGAUUUUCCGGAGGCGGAACGAGUCGCCGGGGGCCAACCCCUCGGGCAAACUGGACAAAGUGCUGAAAUCGCUCAAGCCCACUCCUGAGGAAGCUCUCAAGUGGGGGGACUCCCUGGAGAAGCUGCUGCUGCACAAAUACGGGCUCGCUGCCUUCAGGGCCUUCCUGCGCACCGAGUUCAGCGAGGAGAACCUGGAGUUCUGGCUGGCCUGCGAGGAGUUCAAGAAGAUCAAAUCCCAGUCCAAGAUGGUCUCCAAAGCCAAGAAAAUCUUCUCGGAGUACAUCGCCAUCCAGUCCUGCAAGGAGGUCAACCUGGACUCCUACACGCGGGAGCACACCAAGGAGAACCUGCAGAGCAUCACCCGCAGCUGCUUCGACCUGGCGCAGAAGAGGAUUUAUGGGCUGAUGGAGAAGGACUCCUACCCCCGCUUCCUGCGCUCCGACUUGUACUUGGACAUAAUUAACCAGAAGAAAGGCAGCUCCCCGCUGUAGAGCCCAGGACCGUCGGGGCAGGCUGGGAGCUGUGUGUUUACAUGCAAGUGGGCAGCGGAGGCCUGCCCGGGGGCCGGCGGGAGCUUGCUUGCCCGCUGCCGCCUGUGCCCCCAGGCUGUAUUCCCGCUGCCGACGGGCGUGGGGCAGCUGAAGGCAGCGAGCAGGAGGCCGAGGGGACCGAGAAGCCAAGCAGUCCGGUACUGCCGCACGGCCCCGUCUCACCAUGGCUGGUACGACGCCUUCGGGGUGACUCCGGCAUGGAUUGUAGCCAGGAGGGAAGCUCCCGCAAGACUACUGUGAAGCGCCUGAGCUGCGAGCGCCGAGGGGCCCCGGCUCGGCUCCGAGACUUUUGUGCGGGGGCUAACAGCGGCGCCGCCGAUGGCAUCUUCCCCGGAUCAAAGACUGCUGAACCGGCCCGGCCCCACGCCGCUGCUGUGCGCCCCCCGUGCCGCCCCCCGGCUCCCCGCCGCAGGGGCCUGGCGCUUCCUUCGCUGGCGGCGAGUCCCCGCGGGGAGCAGCCGCAGCCCUGCGCCGGGGGUGACCUCCUCCUGCUCCCCCCCCCCCCCCCCGGUUUAUUUAUUGCCCUCCCGUAGCUGGACGCCUCGCUGUGUGCUAGGAAGUCCUCGCGUCCUUCCCCCUCCCCAGGUUCCAAGUGCAAUAUCGGCGUGCCGCGGCCGCGGGGUCCGGCGGAGCCGACGCCUUCGUGUCCCUCCUGCCCGCAGCGUCUCCUGAGCGAGCAGGUUUCGCCCCCUGGCAGCAGGCGCUGGGGCAGCCUGGCUGUUAGGUAUCGUGCCCUGACGAGGGAGGGUUUGGUGACGGAGAGAAGCAGCUCCGUGCACCAGGUGCCCUCCUCACUCUAGCCUCCGCGGCCGUGUGUGCAGGAGCGAGGAUGGCGCCGAGCCCGGCGGGGGGAGCUGCCUGCCCCCGGGUGCCCGGCCGGCAGCACCCAGCUUCUCUGCGGCUGGACACAAUACAUGGUCAUGGUCGUAGGUAAAUAAAAGGAGAACCUCGUUCCUCGUA